ACUACAAACUGCAUGCACCCAAAAACUGUCAGCAGGAGGAAGUGACAAUCUCAAGAGAGUAUGAGCAGCAGAAAACAUUCAGCACCUGGAACAUGGUCCUUAUGAACUGAAGGGGACCGAGUUUCCUCUAUGAGAAAUAAUAAUGGAGAAUGGAAAUCAAAGCCAAACCACUACUCCGUACAUCUGGCAGUUUGAAGAAUAUGGAAUUACCGCACUUAUAUAUUACAGCAUUGUGCUGCCUGUCGGACUAUUUGUUAAUAUCACAGCAUUGUGGGUCUUUAGUUGCACGACUAAGAAAAGGACAACUGUAACAGUGUACAUGAUGAAUGUGGCGCUGCUAGAUCUGAUGUUUCUCUUGUUUGUCCCCUUCCGUAUAAUAUACUAUGCCAAACAAUCCUGGCCCUUUGGAGAUAUAUUCUGUCGGAUUAUGGGUGCAAUCACUGUUUUUUACCCCAGUGUCACAUUGUGGUUGCUUGCCUUUAUAAGUGCUGAUCGAUACAUGGCUAUUGUGCAGCCUAAGCACAUCAAAGAACUUAAGAACAUUUCUAAAGCUAUGACAGCAUGCUUCGGGAUUUGGAUAAUGACCAUUGUUAGCACAACUCCUUUGCUUUUUGUAUUCGAGGACCCUGAUAAAGAAUUUAAUUUUACUACUUGUUUUAAGCUGUUAGACAUUGUCCACCUCAAACAAAACAGCAUAUUGAACUUUGCUCGCCUAAUUUUCUUUUUCCUGAUACCUUUGCUGAUUAUGAUAGGGUGUUAUAGUAUCAUCAUUUACAGUCUUAUCAGUGGCAGGACGUCUCGGCUGAAGCCUAAAGCAAAGAAGAAGUCAAUCCGGAUCAUAGUGACUCUAAUUGUGCAAGUUCUGGUGUGCUUUGUGCCUUUUCAUGUCUGCUUUCUAUUAUUAAUGAUCCAGACACAACAAGAAUACUAUAUUGCAUGGGUAAAGGUGUCCACCUUCCUGAUGAACCUCAGUACAUGCCUGGAUGUUAUCUUAUAUUACAUUGUCUCCAAGCAGUUCCAGGCUAGAGUCAUUAGUGUUAUUUGGUACAGAAACUAUCUACGCAGUGUACGACGGAAGAGCAUGAGAGCUGGUAGUAUCCGCUCUUUGAGCAAUGUCAACAGUGAGAUGGUGUGAUCAAUGUUUUUGCUCGUAUAUGAAAUAAAUUUACUUUGUAUAUUUCUUUUAACCCAAGGAUGCAUCAAUUUUUUAAAUGAC